GUAUGACAUAAACCGUAAAUUUUUAGUGUCAAUUGGUAGUGAAUUUUAGAACAUAGCCAGUAUCAAUUGUCAACGAGUUAUCAUAGGAGCUUAUCAUAGGAACGGAGUGUUCCGGUAAAUUCUACUUUCGUAGAAUUUAAUCUGAGGGCGUAUUAAUCAUUCUCGCGUAUCUCGCCCUGACAAUCACCCCUCUGAAAGUUCUCUUCCUCCCUCCCCCCCUCCUCCGCCCCCGCUCCUUAAAGCUUAUCAAAUAUUUGUAAUUUGUAAUUGAAACGUGCCUACGUUUGGUUUGUUGCAUCGAUGAUGAAUUUGGCGCUAUCCUUGUCAGUCCUGUCGUACAUCCUGUACAAUCGCACUUGAAUCGCGCGUAUUAUGUUGAAGUGGCCAAAAGUGGCCAGAGGUGGCAUAGCCGCGCUGCGCCAAUGUGCAAGAAUAUGAUGUUAGUGACGGGAUAAUCAGCGACGAUCAGAAGACAGCUUUUAUGUCGUUCUGGCUAUGUCGUAUUUGAUAAAUGAAGGAUGGGUUGUGUCAAUAGCAGAGCAGACAUUAACGAUCUGCAUCCCAACAUUUUUCAAGUAAUGAACGUAGACGAUGAUGGUAAUUUUGUUUCCCUUGGACGUUUGGAAGUAACCGAAGUAGACAUUAUAUUGUAUCAACAUGGCAAACAGCAUAAAUGGCCGUUGCGCUGUUUACGACGGUAUGGAUAUGACCUGGAAGGACUCUUCAGUUUUGAGUCAGGCAGACGCUGUUCUACAGGUCCUGGUAUAUAUGCCUUUAAGUGUCGGAGAGCUGAAGAACUGUUUAAUCUUGUACAGACAAAAAUUCAGGUACGGAAUAACAGUGGAGAUGAUACACUGUCCAGGGACCUUCCAAUCCCGUCGCAUUCUGCAUCAGUAGCAAGUGUGACAAUGCAAAGUGUGGAACCUAAUUAUUUGGACCCAAUAUCAUCUAGAGGUCACAAUCGUAUAAAUUCUAGAUUUCCUCAUAGCCAACAGAACGGUAUUAGAAGAUUAAACAGUGUUGGAAGUAGUAGUGGCCCAAUAUCGCCCCAAGGAACUUUGGGAUCACCAUCAUCACCCCCUAUGCUGCCACCACCGCCACCGAUUUCUCAACCUCAUCCGUCCUCUCUUUAUGUCAAUGAGGAAGUCUUGUCGUCCCUUCCCAUUGAAAUGGAGCGCAACAAUAAUAAAAGCCUUGGAAGGGCAGUACAAAGGUCACCACAAAAUGCUUCUACGAUCAAUAAUGCGAUAUCCAUCAGUGGACCUGUGGAAACGGAAUUAUUACCCAUUCAGUGUAAUACAGAAAUAUCCAGUUAUGACGCAACGUCACCAUUAUCACCGACUAUGGUACCCUACAUGAACAUAGACAUCUGUAGCGAAUCCAACCCAAUUUCGCCAACGCACAGUACUUGCGAGACGAAUCAGCUCAAAGAAGAGAGUAAUGACAUAGAUGGAUUUGGACAUUUAUAUAUGAAUAUAAAUCCUGAACAAGAUCACACAGAGAACAUUGCCAUUAGAGUGCGUCCGCCUCCAUUGCCCGUCUUACAAUCGGACAUGGAAGAAGGCUCUAGGCAUUGCUAUGCUAAUCUAGAGGCAAGCGAAAUCGAAAGUCUGAGGAAGAGAUUCUCUGGCACUUCAAUAGCUGAGAGAUCGCCCUUGGCACCCUCCACGCCGACGGGAUGUCCGAUCAGGGAAGUAAAUUAUGCAGUUUUAGAUCUGGAAGAUAAGAAAGACACACCCGCCGGCGCAUCUGACAUUGUGAUAAACAUUGCUCCCUCUCCCCCCGAAUCUCCAAACAAGUCGCAAAAAGGCUAUGCCACGAUAGAUUUCAACAAAACAGCUGCGCUGUCGCACUCUGUUAAUCCCAAUCUCGUAAAUGAUAACGAAGGCUGCAGAAAAACUCGUCAUAAUUCAACGAUAAACGACCUGGUAACUCCGUGUAGGCACAAUUCAGUAAGUGAAUAAAUAAAUGAGUAGCAUAUUUUAUAUAGAUUAUAUCGUAUAACGACGUUCGUGUAACGACUGUCUAUCGUGUUCUUCGCUGUAAAAAAAAAAAGACAAAAAGUUGGGAAUGACCGAUUUAGUUUUGUCAUAAGCUUCUGGAACUCAUUCACAAGUCGUUUGAUUACGCGUUAAACAUUCAAAAUUUCUUAGUACAUUGGAAACUACAUAGUAGUUGAUAUCAUGAGAUAUUCUGGUAUAUGAAUUUAUACAAAUUUUCAGUGCAUUUUAUCAGAGCAACAGUAUUCAUACGUAGUCUUUUUUCCAAAUC